AAAUCGAAAAUCUUUGGCAUGAGGUCUCGCAUUUACGAGAGCCUCGCUCACUUUCCACUGCCUAACCAUCAAAUAUGUCCGGUUCUACAAUCAACGUCGUAAAGUACUACUUCCAUAUAAGGAACCGCCCAGAAACGGAGGAAUACAUGCGAAAGCUUGUCGCCUUGGCUUACCAGACAGCGCGAGCAAAAAAGCUUUAUCCUCGAGCAGUCUUCAUUCGCUCCGACCUGCACGGCACGACUUCCAUCAACGGCGUCUACCAAAAGGAUCCGAAAGGCCCGCACAUCACACUCUGCUACAAGGACGAUGAGAAUAUGCGGAAGGGAACACACGUGGCCUGUCAUGGCUAUGUGAAGGACGAGGAGACCAUGGAGUUCAAGGAAGCAACAGAUCGAGGGGAGAAGCUGGACACGACUAAGAAGAAGAACAAGCAGUCGGUCUGGCCAGCCUCGGAAGAACUUUGGGCUGCUCCAGAUAUCGGUUAUGGUCAUUGGGAUUAGGCAGCUUCUCGACCUUUGGGAUGGAGAUGUGGAUCUAGUCUGGAGGGUACUGUGACAUUCCGUUCAACCUGCAUGCAGAAUAGUACCAGCCUGAUUGGGAGUUAACAGUAACGGCUAAAUCAAUGGACGGUAGCGGCAAUGAACACUUG